AGGGAGAUUAUUAUGGGAUGUCUGGCCCCUGAUCUCUUUGUGUCUAUGCAAAGGCUGUAAGUGGCAAAGGAAGAAACUGCGACGUUGUGUGCAUCCUGCGGCUGAGAGCGAUACAUAAUUAGACACAUUAUUUCACAUCUUUUAUGGAUUAGACACAGGAAUACCACAAGUGUUUAUAAAAGCACCCAGUUCAACGUGGAGACAUCUUGCGUUGUAUUUGCAGCAACUCUGUGUGUUUGAAAAACGGAACAAGUCAAGUUGAAAGCGCCAGAGGAGGAGAACAUCGCCGCACAGGUUUUCACAAUCCUCUCUAGCUGGUGGAAAUACCGUCAACAUGUCCGGCAGCGAGGACGAUAGAGAUGACUUCGAACGUCGCUCGAUGGUGCAAGAUGAGGAUGACCUGGAUGAGGAGAUGUCAGAGAAUGAAGCGCCCAAGGUGAAAAAGAAGAAGAAAGCCAAGAAAAGUAGCCGCGAGAGCAAAGGCAGCAAACGAAAUCGCUCCCGCAGAGAGGAUAUCAGUUCACCGGAGCCAGGAGACGGCCCUGAUAUGGAUGAAGAGGACGAUCGCUCGGACAGCGAGGGAAGCACCUACACACCCGGCAAGAAAAAGAAGAAAAGAGCCAGCACGUCAAAGGAGAAAAAGAGAAGCAGUUCUUCUGGCGACAGAACCUCAACGGCUUCCAAACGCAGGGAACCUGAAGAAGAUGAAGAUGAGGACGACGAUGAUUCGGAGCCAAAGAGUUCCUCUCAGCUUCUAGAUGCCUGGGGUAUGGAGGACAUCGAUCAUGUCUUCACUGAGGAAGACUACAGAACUCUGACUAAUUAUAAGGCAUUCAGCCAAUUCGUCAGGCCCCUAAUCGCUGCCAAAAAUCCCAAAAUUGCUGUCUCCAAAAUGAUGAUGGUUCUUGGAGCAAAGUGGCGAGAGUUCAGCACCAACAACCCUCUACGGGGGGCAGCCGCUGCCACCACAGCCCUGGCGGCCGCUACUGCGGCAGCGACGGUUGACGUCUCCCCGGUAACAGAACCAGCACCUGCUGCGCCUGCAGCCCCGCUCAUCGUUGAGCCUACCCCUCCAGCACCUCCCCUACGCAAAGCUAAAACUAAAGAGGGCAAGGGUCCAAACGCACGUAAGAAGUCCAAGCCCGCCCCCAAACCUCAGGAGAAGAAGGUGAAGACUAAGAAAGUUGCUCCUCUGAAGAUCAAACUAGGAGGCUUCAACAGCAAGAGGAAACGCUCAUCUAGUGAAGAAGACGAAGUCGACGUGGACAGUGAUUUCGAUGACGGCAGUAUGAACAGCAUGUCCGUGUCAAACGGCUCGAACAGUCGCGGCAGUCGCAGCACCAGCGCCAAGAAGAAGCCCAAGAAGAAGACAAAGAAGGAUGAGGAGGGUGAUGGCUAUGAAACAGAUCAUCAGGACUACUGUGAGGUCUGUCAGCAGGGCGGAGAGAUCAUUCUCUGCGACACCUGCCCAAGAGCCUAUCACAUGGUCUGCUUGGACCCAGAUAUGGAGAAGGCACCAGAGGGCACCUGGAGCUGCCCACACUGCGAAAAGAUGGGCAUCCAGUGGGAGGCACGCGAGGAUGCGUCAGAGGGAGAGGAGGAUAAUGAUGCGGGAGGCGGUGAGGCAGAAGAGGACGACCACCACAUGGAGUUCUGCAGAGUUUGUAAAGAUGGCGGAGAGCUACUGUGCUGUGACUCUUGCCCCUCGUCUUACCACAUUCACUGCCUCAAUCCCCCCCUGCCCGAGAUACCCAACGGAGAAUGGAUUUGCCCCAGAUGCACUUGUCCUGGUAUGAAGGGUAAGGUGCAGAAGAUUCUGACCUGGCGCUGGACCGAAGCUCCUUCUCCGACCCCUGUUCCACGGCCUCUUGAACUUCCAGCCGAUGCUCCAGACCCUGCCCCAUUGGCUGGUCGCCCUGAGAGGGAGUUCUUUGUUAAAUGGCAGAAUAUGUCCUAUUGGCACUGCUCCUGGGUUACUGAACUACAGCUGGAGAUGCAUUGUCAGGUGAUGUUCAGAAACUACCAACGCAAAAACGACAUGGACGAACCGCCGUCCAUAGACUUCGGAUGUGAGGGAGAUGAGGACAAGAGCGACAAGAGGAAGAUCAAAGACCCCACCUACGCCAAGAUGGAGGAGAAAUACUACCGCUUCGGCAUCAAGAUGGAGUGGAUGAUGAUUCAUCGCAUUCUGAACCACAGUGUGGAUAAAAAGAAUAACUGUCACUACCUCAUCAAGUGGAGGGACUUGACGUACGAUCAGUCCACGUGGGAAGCAGAGGACAUGGACGUUCCUGACUUUGACACCUACAAACUGCAGUACUGGAACCACAGGGAGUUAAUGAUGGGCGACGAAGGUAAACCAGGAAAGAAGAUGAAGCUCAAAGGCAAAAUGCGAAAACUUGACCGACCUCCAGAGAACCCUGUUGUGGAUCCGACCAUGAAGUUUGAGCGUCAGCCGGAAUAUCUGGACACCACAGGCGGAACACUGCAUCCGUACCAGCUGGAGGGGCUGAACUGGCUGCGCUUCUCCUGGGCUCAGGGAACCGACACCAUUCUGGCAGACGAGAUGGGUUUGGGGAAGACCGUGCAGACUGCCGUUUUCCUUUAUUCACUGUAUAAGGAGGGUCACUCGAAGGGUCCGUUCCUGGUCAGCGCCCCUCUCUCCACCAUCAUUAACUGGGAGCGAGAGUUUGAGAUGUGGGCCCCAGACAUGUACGUGGUCACGUACGUCGGUGACAAAGACAGCAGGGCUGUCAUCAGAGAAAACGAGUUCUCGUUCGAGAACAACGCCAUUCGCGGUGGCAAGAAAGCCUCUAGGAUGAAGAAAGAAGCGUCUGUGAAGUUUCACGUUCUGUUGACCUCCUACGAGUUGAUCACUAUUGACACGGCCGUUCUGGGCUCCAUCGACUGGGCGUGUCUGGUGGUUGAUGAGGCCCACAGGCUGAAGAACAACCAAUCAAAAUUUUUCAGGAUACUGAACAACUACCCGCUACAGCACAAGUUGUUGUUGACUGGAACUCCACUACAAAACAACUUAGAAGAGCUGUUCCAUCUGCUGAACUUCCUCACGCCAGAGAGAUUCAGUAAUCUUGAAGGUUUCUUGGAGGAGUUUGCCGAUAUCGCCAAGGAGGACCAGAUCAAGAAGCUUCACGACAUGCUGGGACCGCACAUGCUCAGGAGACUCAAGGCAGACGUGUUCAAGCACAUGCCUUCCAAAACGGAGCUCAUCGUGAGAGUGGAGCUCAGCCCCAUGCAGAAGAAAUAUUACAAGUUCAUCCUGACGCGUAAUUUUGAAGCUUUGAACACCCGUGGUGGAGGAAACCAAGUUUCUCUGCUUAAUGUGGUCAUGGACCUGAAAAAGUGCUGCAAUCAUCCUUAUCUGUUCCCCGUCGCUGCUACGGAAGCUGCCAAGUUGCCCAAUGGGAUGUACGAGGGCAGUGCCCUCACAAAAGCUGCUGGCAAACUGUUGCUGCUGCAGAAGAUGAUGAAGAAACUCAAGGAGGGCGGACACAGGGUGCUCGUCUUUUCUCAGAUGACCAAAAUGUUAGAUCUUCUGGAGGACUUCCUGGAAAACGAGGGCUACAAAUAUGAGCGAAUCGAUGGAAGCAUCACGGGAGGAAUGAGACAGGAAGCCAUCGACCGCUUUAACGCUCCUGGUGCUCCGCAGUUUGCGUUUCUGCUCUCGACCAGAGCUGGUGGUUUGGGAAUCAAUCUGGCAACCGCAGACACUGUGAUCAUCUACGACUCAGACUGGAAUCCUCACAAUGACAUUCAGGCCUUUAGCAGAGCUCACAGAAUUGGUCAAAACAAGAAGGUGAUGAUCUAUCGUUUCGUGACCAAAGCUUCAGUGGAAGAAAGAAUCACUCAGGUGGCCAAAAAAAAGAUGAUGUUGACUCACUUGGUUGUGCGUCCCGGAUUGGGAUCGAAGACAGGUUCGAUGUCCAAACAGGAGCUGGAUGACAUCCUUAAAUUUGGUACAGAGCAGCUCUUCAAGGAUGAAUUAGAAGGAGAGAACAAAGAGGACGACAGCAGCGUGAUCCACUAUGAUGAUAAAGCCAUCGAUCGGCUGCUGGACCGUAACCAAGACGCCACAGAUGACACGGAGAUCCAGAGCAUGAACGAGUAUCUCAGCUCCUUCAAAGUGGCUCAGUAUGUGGUCAAGGAUGAAGAGGAAGCUGAGGAAGAGGUUCAGAGAGAGAUCAUCAAGCAGGAGGAGAGCGUAGAUCCAGAUUACUGGGAGAAGUUGCUGAGACAUCACUACGAGCAGCAGCAGGAGGAUCUGGCCCGUAACCUCGGCAAAGGCAAACGUAUCCGCAAACAGGUCAACUACAACGACGGCUCUCAGGAAGACAGAGACUGGCAGGAUGAUCAGUCUGACGGCCAAUCAGAUUAUUCUGUCGCCUCAGAGGAAGGAGACGAAGAUUUCGAUGAGCGAUCUGAAGUCAAUUCACGGCGACCCAACAGGAAAGGUCUCAGGAACGAUAAAGACAAGCCAUUGCCCCCCCUGCUGGCCAGAGUGAGCGGCAACAUUGAGGUCUUGGGUUUCAACGCUCGCCAGAGGAAGGCUUUCCUGAAUGCUGUCAUGCGUUACGGGAUGCCUCCCCAGGACGCCUUCACCACCCAGUGGCUCGUCCGAGACCUGCGUGGGAAAUCCGAGAAAGAGUUCAAAGCUUACGUUUCCCUCUUCAUGCGACACUUGUGUGAACCAGGUGCAGAUGGCGCUGAAAGCUUUGCUGACGGAGUCCCGCGGGAGGGGUUGUCAAGGCAACACGUACUUACCCGUAUCGGUGUAAUGUCAUUGAUCCGAAAGAAGGUUCAGGAAUUCGAGCAUGUGAACGGUCAGUGGUCCAUCCCCUGGAUGAUGGAGCUGAACGAAAAUAAAACCGUGUCUGCCGGCAGCCAGCCGGACUCGCCCAGCAAAACGCCCUCUACCGGCACUCCUGCCGAUACUCAGCCAAACACGCCCGCUCCAGAUAGUAUAUCCAAAGCAGAAGAUGUGGGGAAAGAUGCAGAGAAAGAGAAAGAGGUCAAAAAUGGAGAGAAUGAGAAAGAAUCCAGCGAGAACAAAGAGAGUGAAGUCAUCGCCAUCCCGGAUGAUGAUGAUGAUGAUGAGGAGGAUAUGUCCACCGAAGACAAAAGCAAAGACAAUGUUAAAGCCGGUGAGUCUGAUUCAGACAAAGUGGACAGCAAGCAGGAUGAAGUAGAGAAAAAAGAUGAGAAAGAUGCAGAGGAAAAGACAGAGGAGAAACCCAAAUCAUCUGAGGCUGACAAGGAACCCAAAUCUUCUGAAGCUGAAAAGGAACCCAAGGUAGCUGAAGCUGACAAAGAAGCUACAGACACCAAAGGAGAAAAGGAAGAUGAGCCUGAGAAGAUGGACACUACCCCUGUUACAGAUGAGAAGAAAGCUCAAAAGGACGAAAAAGAAUCUGCUAAGUUGGAGGUGGCCGUGAAACUGCCUAACGGUGAGAGCGCCAAAGACGCAGCUGCGGGAGGAACUGAAGAGAGGAAGAAAGCGAAGACCCGCUUCAUGUUUAACAUUGCAGAUGGAGGAUUUACUGAACUGCACUCACUAUGGCAGAACGAGGAGCGUGCCGCCACGGUUACCAAGAAGACCAAUGAGAUCUGGCAUCGUCGCCAUGACUACUGGCUACUCGCUGGAAUCAUACAACACGGUUACGCCCGCUGGCAGGACAUUCAGAAUGACGUCCGGUUCGCCAUUCUCAACGAGCCCUUCAAAGGGGAAAUCAACCGAGGAAACUUCCUGGAAAUCAAGAACAAGUUUCUGGCCAGGAGAUUUAAGUUGCUGGAGCAGGCGCUGGUCAUCGAGGAGCAGCUGCGCAGAGCUGCGUAUCUGAACAUGACUGAAGACCCCUCUCACCCCUCCAUGGCUCUCAACACACGCUUCAGUGAAGUGGAGUGUCUGGCCGAAUCUCACCAGCACUUGAGCAAGGAAUCCAUGUCGGGAAACAAACCCGCCAACGCUGUCCUUCAUAAAGUACUGAAACAGCUGGAGGAGCUCCUUAGCGACAUGAAAGCAGAUGUCACUCGUCUCCCAGCCACCAUCGCUCGGAUACCACCGGUCGCCGUGAGGCUGCAGAUGUCGGAGAGAAACAUUCUCAGUCGUUUGGCCAGCAGAGGACCAGAGACACAGACACAGCAGGUGCAGCAGUAGCCAGGGUUGGACAGCACCGCACACCAUCUACAUUCCUGAUUGCACAUGGUAUCUCGUCUUAGCUUGAGUUCACGCCCUCGUACUGUCCGCUGAAACCCGGGCCGUGGAUAUUUGAGCUGUCGUUUUUUUAUUUUCCUAAUUAAUAUUGUUUACAUAAUAUUGUUGAUGAUGGUUUUUGGGACCUAAAUAAAAAUGUAAUAAAGGUU